GGUUUAAGCGACAGAGUGGAAGAGGAGUUGGAUAAGGGAGAAAAAGAGAUGGCUUUGAGAACAGGCAUAGCUCCUUCAACGACAACAUGUCACUCACCCUCACCUUUCUUUCCUUCUUCUUCUUCUUAUGUUGUUAGUUUGGGCUCAGCACCAUUUUCGUACAAUCGUCCGAGUGAUAUUAGAUUCAAAUGCUCUUAUUCGUUUCCUUCAUUAAGCAAAAAAGCACAAAGCAUACCACUUUCACUCUCCUCCUUCACCAAGCAGAUUUGCAGAGCAGCCGAAUACAAAUUUCCCGACCCAAUUCCCGAAUUCGCUGAUGCCGAGACGUUAAAAUUUAGGACCCAUCUCCACGAGAAGCUUGUUAAGAAAGAUAUAUGUGGAGAUUCAGUUGAAGAAGUCGUGGAAAUCUGCGCUGGGAUAUUCAGCGAGUUCUUACACACCCAUUACGGUGGUCCUGGAACUCUCUUGGUCUUACCAUUCAUUGACAUGGCUGAUACUUUAAAUGAACGGGAAUUGCCUGGAGGAUCUGAGGCUGCUCAUGCAGCAGUGAAAUGGGCCCAAAAUCAUGUUGACAAGGAUUGGAAAGAGUGGACUGGUGAUAGCUAUUAAGCUAAAUGCCUGAAAUCGCCGCAAGUUUUUGUUUAUGUUGUCAGUAUUGUCGAUGUGGGUGUUGUAAGAGCUCUCCCAAUUUUGAUAUGCAUAAUGAUGUUAAUGUCUAGAAAUGGGAAAAUGACGAGUGAAAUUUGAGCAGGUUUUGCUCUAAUGGAUUUUCAAAUCAACAGAAGCUGUUCAAUCUCAGUGGAAAUGAUUUUAUGUAUGAUCUCAUCA